CCCUGCAUAUGGUAAGGAACACCUCUGAAGAGCCAGUGAGCGAGUUGAUCGAGACCAACAUCCCGGAACGAGCGAAGAAUUUAGACGCCAGUCAGUCGAAGCCUUCUCAUGAGCAGUUCAUGGAGGCUGCAGUACUCAGCGCUACGACUGGGGUGAAGCUGAAAGAAGGAGGGCCUUUCGGUGCUUGCAUCACCCGCAAUGACGUUGUUGUUUGUUGCGCUCACAACACAUUUUUUUCGGACCGUGAUCCAACUUGUCACGCUGAGAUGAAUGCUAUCCGUAUGGCUAUGCAUCUGCUGAAGACUGAUGAUCUCGCUGGUUGCGUCAUCUAUUCAUCCUUUGAGCCCUGCCCUAUGUGCUGGGGUGCAAUACUAGCAAGUGGAAUAAGGUUACUUUAUGUCGGCUUGGACCGUCAUACUGCAGCUAAGAACGGUGUGGAAUAUCUGAGCUUUUAUGAUGUCAUUCUUGACACUAAGGAGAGCAUUUCUCCAAUGAUGCACAUCAACCCACCAGCAUCUGACAGUGAUGAGAAAAUCAUUUCUAUGCUUACUUCUCCUGAGCAUUGCAUAAUUGUCAACAAGGAUAGCAAGAUUAUAGCUGAUAGUAAUACACCUUCCAUCGAGUCGUUCACGGAUUCUGUAGACACUCCAAUGGUUAAGACUAUUCGUCUGGCUUGUAGAGCGAUCAAUUCGCCCUACCUCCAAGGCUGCAAAAUUUUCACCUUGGAAGAACCAGAUGUCGAGUCGCAUGCUGCCUGUCUAUGGGCGCUCGUUGAUUCCCUUCACUACUGUUCUGAGGCCCUACCUGGUUCGAGGGCUCGUUAUCAACGUGAUCAAUAUGAACUGGAGCCGUCGAAUAGGGACAUUCGUGUCGUGUAUGGAUGUGGUGUAGAUACAUGCCUUAGCAUUAUACCAGUAUGGUUUCAAAGUGAGCUCCAUAAGGAGUAUCCUCAGCUCAAGGCAUGUUGAAGAGUUGUACCUUAUUACUAUUAUACCGUUCUUGAAUCCUAUUAGUUUUUAAGAAUCACAUUAGCCACAUUAGCGUAUAGAUAGAACUCAUACUGAGAGUUUCACACAGUGUAUGAGAAAUUAUUUCCUGACCUAUUUGAUACAACGCGUAUAACGAUUAUCGACCAUUUGUAAUGUCAGCCAAUGAGUCAAACGACUGACUAAUUGUGGGGGUAGAGAGCUGAUCACCGUCGUUGUUCAGUUGUAUGGAUAGACAUCAUUUUCUUGAAUAUGUGCAGGAGCUCUCCACGAGCCUAUUAGUGGUAGUAGCCGUGUACACGGU